AUGAGGUUCCUUCUGUACAAAGAUGGAAACCCGACCGCGCUGCAGUAUGUGGAGCCUACUGGGAACGUGGCUGAGUUUCCCAUUUGUAACGUGACCUGGAGAGAUGCAGGGAGCUACCGCUGCUGUUAUCACUCCAAAAUGUACCAGUUCCUCCGGUCACAUCCCAGCGACCCCGUGGAGCUGGUGGUAGCAGAAUGUUCUCCUAUGGGUCCCUGGGUCCUUGAGGCGGAGGGGCUGGGGCAGCAGACAACAAACCAGUUGCUCACGGUGCUCACAUCCUGGUGCUGCUUCCCAGGUGGAUCAGAACCAAGUGCAGCACCUGUUCUGACCUGCCCCAUCAUCGCUGGGGUGAGCGUGGUGGCCGCCAGCCUCUUCCUCCUCCUCUUCCUCCUGGCCUUCCUCUGCUACAGACGAACCCGAGGAAAUGCCCUCAUGGGCGAACAGAAGCAGCUGGAUGUCCUGUCCCAGGAGUCCGACCCCAGUGCCGAUGGACUCACCUAUGCCGAGCUGGACCACCAGGCGCUGCAGGCCAAGCAAGGGGGCCCAGCCCCUGCCCCCGAGCCCAUCCUGUACGCUGCCAUCAACGUGAGCAGGGGGUCCGAUGGGCAAAGUCGGCCCCCUGCCCACACCUGUAGUGUGAACCAAGGGGAAGUCAUCGGAGAGAUGGGGUAGGAAGCAUCGGCCACAAGGGGGUGAUUGCGUGAUUCCCCCCCGCAGAGGACAGGCUUGGCUCAUAGCCCCCCCAUAGCCCUCCCUCCAGCUGGUGCUGCCCCACCCAGCCCCACGAGUGGGGGGCCACAGGGGCUCAGCACUGGGCAGGGCAGAGGAUGUGCCGAGGCAGCUCUUUGUGCUACUUGCAUCCUGUUAAUCUCCAGAUGUGUAAUAAACACAGAACCACAAACCAGCCUGUGACGUUCCCCUGGUGUUAUCCGGCUGGUGAGCUGCUCGGUCACUCCAGCCCUCUGCUCUGGAAGCCAGCCCCACCCUGCUCCGGUGGGAGACCUCCACUCCCGGGCUGCUCCCGCACAGCCUCUGGCGUGUAAGCUGCUCCCAGCU